AUGGGUCUGCCCGAUCAGCGUGGUCUCAAACUGCGUGAGCGCAUUAAAGCGUGCAUUGUGCGCUUCUGGGCCUUGGGCCACAUUGUGGUUGACCUGCUUGACCCUGAUCCAUGCUCUAAGCUUAUCAAGCGCAAGACGUUGGGUCUCGGAGAGGUAGUCAAGACUCUGCAUCUCUUUACAGAGGACCAGUCGAAAACGACUCAGGUAGAGGAUUGA